AAAUAAUUUGAUGAAGAAAGAAAGCAAAGUGGUUGGAAGGAAAGCAUACGAUACUCUGGUUGAAAAGAAACUUGAAUAAUUAAGGCGCGGUUUCAAAGACGAAAUUCUUGUUUCAGACAUUGUUUUCAAAUGAUACAUAGGAUGCUAAUGAAAUUUGGUUCCACCUAACCGCUGAGCUGUUUAUGUUGAAUUCGAGUAAGAUGUCAUGCAAUGCUGAUGAAACAAAUGCUGCCAGUGUUCUUUCUCAGCUGUCACAGUGCAAGAAAAUUGCUAACCAAUCAGAUAGCACUUUGCAUGUAGAUGGUUCAGUUAUUGCACAUGAAUGUGAUGUUGAAACAUCAAAUCAAGAGAUUGCUUCUGUUGGUGAAAAUGAAGUUCUUGAUGCCAGUGGUACAUCUGUGAUGGUUGCCUUGUGCAAUAGUGAACCAGAAAACAAAGCGAAAAUUCUGUCGUCGUUUUCAAGAACUGCUGCUCAUAAUGAUACACCGCCUAAGGUGUUUCCAUGUGAAUAUUGUGGUAAGAUUUUCAGUAAAUCCUAUAACCUAAAGACACAUCAUCGUGUACAUAGUGGAGAAAGACCUUACCAAUGUGAUGUUUGUGGCCAUGGCUUUGCCAACCUAGGUGAUCUUAAGCGACAUAAAAGAAUACAUACUGGAGAAAAGCCAUAUUCUUGCGAAUAUUGCGGAAGGUCAUUUUCUGAUUAUGGAAGUCAUAAGCGCCAUUUGCGUUUACACACUGGCUACAAACCGUACAAAUGCGAAGAAUGUAACCGCGAAUUUACUCGUCUUGACAGCUACAAGAACCAUCUCCGUCUUCACACUGGGAUUAGACCGUACAAAUGUGAGAUUUGCUUGAAAGAAUUUAACUAUCUUACCACAUAUAAACGUCAUCGAAAUGUGCACAGCGGGGAGCGGCCAUUUUCGUGUGAGCAAUGUGGAAAGACUUUCACUCGUUCAGUGUACUUGAAGAACCACAAGAGGGGUAAUUGUGGCAAAGAAAGGGAACAGAAAUCAAGAGCGAAGAAAGUUGACGAACUUUCAUCACAUGCGCAGUCAGCACAGAUCUCAUUACCUACGGUGAGCGACAUUUCUGUGGGAACGGUAACUGAGAAUGUCGCGCAGAAUUUGUCCUUUCAAGGAGGUGUGCAGUUUAAUGUUGCUAAAGUUGUAUACACUAGUCAUGGAUCGCAACAAGUUUUAUUUGAAUCGAAUGAAACUAUCUCUCACACAUUGAUACUGACAACUAAUCCUGAAAAUGGCCAGCAGUUAUUGGAACUUUCUGCCGAAAGCGUACAUCCGGAUAAAGCAACUUUACCGCACUCUGAUAUUUCAAGAACUAAUAAUGAUACUAUGUAUUUGAACGAGGGGUUAUCCUGCGACAAGACUGCUGAAUUGUGUGCUAAAGUACUUCACGACGACGGCAUUUCUGGGACUGCUGAUGAGUGCUAUGCCAGAGACCUAAGUGCAUUUGGUUUGAAUGAAACUGUUAAUGAAUCAAACAAGAAAACUUUUCUUGCUUUGGCACCUUAUCAAGAAUGUUUGGAGGAAGAAAAGAGUUAGCUAACUCUUUACUCUGUUUCCAACAAUAAUUCUUGCUGUGAUUAUAUUUAAACGUGUUUCAGCAUUAAUGUACUAUAAAGACUGUUUAUGCGAGGUUUUAUGCAUUUAUCUCAUUCACGGUUCACUUGUCAAAAUCCGGUUUGAUCUUAGACAACUGCUCAUUUUUUCAUAAUCCUUGAAAAUACAAUGGUAUGAUUACACUAUUUGAAAAUUCAUAAACAAUAGCAUUGGUAUCUUAGAUUCUAUAAAUCAAUCUAUUCUUAUAAAUCAUUUGUAUAAAAAACUUAAACAGAUUUCUGGGCCGCCUAUAGUCUCCCAAGAACAUCUUAGAGAGUUUUAUAAUCACUGGAAUGCACUUUCAUAUGGACAACGCAACUGAAGUAAUUUAACAUGCUGCAGAAUUGUAAAAUGAUAAAACGUUCAACUGCAUACAUUAUUUCCAAUAACCUUUAUGGCUUAAUCACCAUCAUCAUCAUUAGUGGGCUAAUGUCAAAUUAGGACUGUAUUCAUAUUUUUAAUGCAUUAAAAUAUAAUUCUUGUGUCCAGGCA